UAUGUGUCGGCUCUCUCUCUCUUCUCUCUUAGCUAACUGUACUGAAAGUCACUACAAACCACUUGUUUCUUUUUCUUACUUUUUCACUUCCUUUCCAUACAACUCAACUCUUCCAUUUCAAGUUUCUAUAUUUGCCUUAAUGUCCUAGACUACUACUACUCUCACUUGUCAUUCAUUCAGAUUAUCUCUCUCAGAGAAGGGAAAGAAAUGGCGAAAUCAAUAAGAUUAUUAGGCCUUGUGACUCUUGUAAGUGCACUCAUAUUGUUGUUGAAAGUAGAUGCCUUUCCUGUAGGAAUAACUUUCAUGCAGAAUGCAGUAGCCAAAGGAGCUGUUUGCUUGGAUGGAAGCCCCCCAGCUUACCACCAUGCUCCGGGAUUUGGUGCUGGGAUCAACAACUGGUACAUUACAAUGGAGGGAGGAGGUUGGUGUAACAAUGUCACUACUUGCCUGGACCGUAAGAACACUCGUUUGGGUUCAUCUAAGCAGAUGGUAAAGGAGCUUUCAUUUUCUGGAGUUCUCAGCAACAAGCAAAAAUUUAAUCCAGAUUUUUAUAAUUGGAAUAAGAUCAAGGUCAGGUACUGUGAUGGUUCAUCAUUUACUGGCGAUGUUGAAGCAGUUAAUCCAGCCACUAAUCUCCACUUCAGAGGUCAAAGGGUGUGGCUUGCCAUCAUGGAGGAUCUAUUAGCAAAAGGAAUGAAAAACGCUCAAAAUGCAAUUCUCUCAGGCUGUUCUGCUGGUGGAUUGAGCUCUAUUCUGCACUGUGAUAAGUUCCGAGCUCUCCUUCCAGCCACUACCAAAGUAAAAUGCCUUUCAGAUGCUGGUUAUUUCAUCAAUGCGAAGGAUUUAGCUGGAACACGACACAUCGAAACCUUUUAUAGUCAAGUGGUUGCAACACAUAAUUCUGCCAAGAAUUUGCCCCCAUCUUGCACUUCCAGAUUGAACCCAGGGCUGUGCUUCUUCCCACAAAAUGUGGUAGCACAAAUCCAGACACCCAUAUUUUUUGUAAACGCAGCCUAUGAUUCAUGGCAGAUAAAGAACAUUUUGGCACCUGGUGUUGCUGAUCCUCAUGGAACAUGGCAUGACUGCAAGCUCGAUAUAAAGAAGUGCUCAUCGGGUCAACUCAAAACUAUGCAAGAUUUUAGAGUGCAGUUUUUAAGUGCGAUCAAUGGUCGGAUGGACUCUGCUUCCAAAGGAAUGUUCAUAGAUUCAUGCUAUGCACAUUGCCAAACGGAAGUGCAGGAGACAUGGAUGAGGUCUGACUCUCCUGCGCUUGAAAAGACGACAAUAGCCAAGGCAGUUGGAGACUGGUAUUUCGACCGAAGUCCAUUUAAGAAGAUCGAUUGUCCUUACCCUUGCAAUCCUACUUGUCACAACCGCAUUUUCGAUUAAGACCACACCAUAUAUCCAUACCAUAAUAUAUAUAUAGAUAUCUGCUAUUGUCACUCAUUGUUUAUGAAAUAGUCAAAUCACAUGUUACUUAUCAUGUUAUUGACACGCUAAUGUAUCCAAUAAAGUAGUUUUCACUCUUUUUAUAUCAAAUAUAUAUGAAAGGAGUGGAAACGGUGAAAAUAAAGUUUAUUUAUUAUAUUGUUAUUGUAAUAAUCGAGAGAUGAAUGAUUCUCUGUAUAGUGUAAUAUCUUUUAUGGAACAA